AGGGCCCCGGCGGCCCGCGCCCUUGCUAGGCUGCGGCGGCAUGGCCCGCGCGCCCGGCGCGACCUCUGCGGAUUGCAUCGGUGUGCGGCGGCGGGGCAUGCCCAGGGCACCGGGCACGGCCUUCAAUGGGCGAGGACACGGACACGCGGAAAAUUAACCACAGCUUCCUGCGGGACCACAGCUAUGUGACUGAAGCCGAUAUCAUCUCUACGGUCGAGUUCAACCACACGGGAGAGCUGCUGGCCACCGGCGACAAGGGUGGCCGGGUCGUCAUCUUCCAGCGGGAGCCAGAGAGCAAGAAUGCGCCCCACAGCCAGGGCGAGUAUGACGUCUACAGCACCUUCCAGAGCCACGAGCCCGAGUUCGACUAUCUCAAGAGCCUGGAGAUAGAGGAGAAGAUCAACAAGAUCAAAUGGCUCCCCCAGCAGAACGCCGCCCACUCCCUGCUGUCCACCAACGACAAAACCAUCAAGCUGUGGAAGAUCACCGAGCGAGAUAAAAGGCCCGAGGGCUACAACCUGAAAGACGAAGAGGGGAAACUGAAGGACCUGUCCACGGUGACGUCCCUGCAGGUGCCCGUGCUGAAGCCCAUGGACCUGAUGGUGGAGGUGAGCCCGCGGAGGGUCUUCGCCAACGGCCACACCUACCACAUCAACUCCAUCUCCGUCAACAGCGACUGCGAGACGUACAUGUCGGCGGACGACCUGCGCAUCAACCUCUGGCACCUGGCCAUCACCGACCGCAGCUUCAACAUCGUGGACAUCAAGCCGGCCAACAUGGAGGACCUGACCGAGGUCAUCACCGCGUCCGAGUUCCACCCACACCACUGCAACCUCUUCGUCUACAGCAGCAGCAAGGGCUCGCUGCGCCUGUGCGACAUGCGGGCCGCUGCCCUGUGCGACAAGCACUCCAAGCUCUUUGAGGAGCCCGAGGACCCCAGCAACCGCUCCUUCUUCUCGGAAAUCAUCUCCUCCGUGUCCGACGUGAAGUUCAGCCACAGCGGCCGGUACAUGCUCACCCGGGACUAUCUCACAGUCAAGGUCUGGGACCUGAACAUGGAGGCGAGGCCCAUCGAGACCUACCAGGUGCACGAGUACCUGCGGAGCAAGCUGUGCUCUCUGUACGAGAACGACUGCAUCUUUGACAAGUUCGAGUGCGCCUGGAACGGGAGCGACAGCGUCAUCAUGACCGGGGCCUACAACAACUUCUUCCGCAUGUUCGACCGCAACACCAAGCGGGACGUGACCCUGGAGGCCUCGAGGGAGAGCAGCAAGCCGCGGGCGGUGCUCAAGCCGCGGCGCGUGUGCGUGGGCGGCAAGCGCCGGCGCGACGACAUCAGCGUGGACAGCCUGGACUUCACCAAGAAGAUCCUGCACACGGCCUGGCACCCGGCCGAGAACAUCAUCGCCAUCGCGGCCACCAACAACCUGUACAUCUUCCAGGACAAGGUCAACUCCGAGAUGCACUAGGCGGGCGCAGAGCCCCGUCCCGGGAGCCCGCCCCUGGUGGCUGUCCCCGACACGACGGUUGAACAGCCACUGGAGGAGAGGACGUGGCCCCUGGGCCCAGCCCCUCCCGGGGCUUCCCUGGGCCAGGCGCCUUUGCUGGGACCUGUGUCAAGGGAGGGACGCAAAGCCGUCCCAGCUGCAGGUCGAAACGCGGGGACGUGAGGGUCGGCCUCCAAGUUCAGGGUUCUUUCAUUCCUGCUCUUGACCUGCCUGCGGUCUUUACCACAUUGUUAGGGUUUUUACAUCUCCAGGUUACUUUUUCACUUCAGCGGUUUCUUUUAAGCCCAGCGGGAGCCAAUGGGAGCUGUUACUCUCGUGCCUCGGUGGUCCCGGAUCGCGGGCCUCUGGGGGCAGCGAAGGAAGCUCAGACGAGCCAGCCAGGGGUCCUCUGAUCGUAAAAGGGGUGGUCUCCACUGUCUCAGAGCUGAGGGUCUCACCUUUGCAUUUUGGAUUGUGAGUUCAAAUGCUGAGACUUGGGGGCUGCAAGCCUGUCUUUUGGGUUCUCUCAGUGUCUUUCAGUAUCGCCGGUCUGUUAGGUUUCCGAGUAGGAAAGGGCGGGGCUGGCAUUUCCCAUGUGCGCCUGUAACUCUCACCCCAUUUAACCCAACUUCGCUGCGGCGUCGGCCGUGGGCCCGGUCCCCCGGUCCCCCUGUGCACCCUCGUUCCUCAUCCGUCACUGGACACUUCGUGGGAACUCACCUGGCUCUGUCCUUGACCUUCUGGAACCUUCCUCACACACACACCAACCACUCACUGCUCUGUCCGAGUCAGGUGCGGGGGGCGAAAACGGGGACAGGAGAUGGAGGCCCUGCAGUGACUGACGGGUGGCCCAUGGCACGUGCCAACCACGAGGUGGCAUCCAGAGCCCGCCCGGGCCUUCCCACGGGCGCUUUCCUACCCGCGUCGUGGCUCACAGUGAAACCACAGUCUCCCCUGGAAGGUGACCUUCAGUGUGAAGAGGGACAGAGCAGGGGGGACAGUGACGGGGGACAGUGACAGGGUCCUGGGGGCACCGAGGCGCAGGAGGGGGAACGGAGAAGGCCCUGGAGGCUCCUCGCCCUGUUUGAUGGUGCCAGAAGUCUGGCCUGCCCCAUGGUCCCCCCAUCCCAUGGCCUCCCCAUCCCGUGGUCCCCCCAUCCCGUGGUCCCCCUUCACCCACGCUGCACCUGGCUCCUUUCCCGAUGCACCGAACCGCCUCCAACAGAAACUUGCAUGUUAUGGCCAUUUUAGGGCACCUUCUCUUUCCUGGCCACUCAGUCUCAGGACAGUUCCCCCAGGGCCACAGAGGUCAAGGCCAGCCCCACCCACCCCACCACCCACCCACCCACCUGCUGCCCAGGAAACAGACCCACGCGAGACUUUUCUCCGUGGAUGACGGUGUACCUUUGUGUGUGUCAAAGCACAAAACGCAUGUUCACUCAGCUCCGGCCCUGCGGUCCUUACACAGGGAAACAGGCCCCGGGGUUCUUUUUUUAAUCAACACGAAUGAAGAAUGUUUGUUUCUAUGUCACUGUACAACCCAGGCCCUCUGGACAGUAUUAUAUGUACAUAUCCUGACUGAGAGGGGCAAUCACGGGGUUCGAGUCGUUCUUUCCCCCCUUUGUAAAGAGGCUCACGAAUGUGGUCGCUUGUAUAGGAACCUUGUUGAAGCCACAGUCCAGCUCGGAGGGCCUUGCGCACUCCCGGGGGUGCUCGGCCCCGCCCACGCCCCUGCGUGAGUCGGCCGCCGAGAGGCAGCUCGCGCCGGCAGCUGGAGGGGACUGUCCAGUCGGAUCAGACAGCGGGUUCGCCCUUUCCUUCUUCCAGGUGCGUGUCUUACUUACGCUGGAUUCGAACCGAGGUCUUAAUACAGCUCCUAGUUCCUUAACCUGUUUUAAACUUUGGAUACCAAAAUGAAAAGAAACAUAGAAAAAGGACCAGGAAAAAAAAAAGGGGUCUUUUUCGAAGAAAAGCCUGGGAAGUAAUGGCCAAAGCAAACCGCGAAGAAUAAAAUGUGUGUCGAGAAGAGGUGGGCGGGGCGGGGGCGAGGCGGGAAACGGCGGAACGACCCGCGGAGCAGCCGUGGGCCCUGGGCCCCCUCUCCGCCGGGUGUCCUGCCCCCGGGGACUGUGUGGCGCGCGUGCUCAUCGUCAUUGUGAAGUGGUGGGGUGGUUUCUGUUUUUGGUUUCGUUCCCUCCGAGGACGGAGCUCUCGGGCGCGCGCAGCCCGCGCUGGCGGAGUCGGAGGGUCGGGCCCUCCCGGCCUCCGUAACUCACAGGUGCGUUGUUUUCUUCGGUGUCUCACAAAGUAGCCAACUGUUGAAUAAAACUAUAAAUAUGUGAAUACCAGCUUUUUCCAAUAAAAUAACAAAUGUUACAUCGAAAA